AUGAUAAUCGACACAGAGUCCCUCCGAGGGGUCAUACCCUCAAUGGCACCGAGCAAAGACCUUGUCGGCGCUUUUCUCUUUUUAAAUAUUUGCGCUUAUAUCGUCACUUUAAUCGUCCAAAAAUGGACUUCAUCGAAACAAAUAUCCCGACCAUCUACUCCUGAUCUAGAGAAGCCUGCUCCACGACCAGGAUUCAGGGAGAAGAUCCAAAGGACUUUAGGUGAAUGGACACCAUCUGAUUUCAAGAGACCAACGGCUACGCCGUUACUUGACUGGAAUGUACAUACUUCCAAGCCAAUCCCAUAUCGCCCGUUUCGAUAUGGCCCGAAAUACUUUGUUACUUUAGGAUUGAGGAGCUUGAAAUGGGAUGAAUGGAUUGAGCUCGACAAUCAUUAUCUCAAAUACCACGCCGACAAGGCUAAGCGCAUCGCCGAGCGCGGUGAAAAAUGCUACGGCACAGCUCCAGACGCAAUGGACGGCGCGAUCGAAUUAUUAGAAGAGCUAUGCGAGUACCUACCUGAGCGAUACCCAACCAUGUUUCAAAAGACAUCAACGGGAAUAACGAAUACUGUUACCAAUGAGACAUUCGAUAUAACUCAGCGCCCCCUCUCAGAAGAUCCAAUGGCGAUAGCAGCCCGUUUAGUUCAAGAUGAUUUAGCCCUCAUGAUCGAAAAGCCCGAUGGAGAAUAUUACCUCCUUGCCGGAGCAAUUCUUCUAGCAGGAUUCUGGCGACUAAGCGACAAAUUCGGAAUGCCACUAUCGGAAAUCCAUACAUCUGGCGAUGUCCCUCAAUUCCGCGAAAAGCUUCAAAAAGGAAUGAUGAACUUCUUCCGUCGUCUGCGGCCUGAAGAGCCUGUGCUCCGUAACAACUAUUUCAUUCAGGUGGACGAUGAGUUGGCAUGGUCGCCUAGUAUAGGAUCCGAGGAUGCGGAGGAAGUAUCGUGGAAUACGGCGGAGAAGAAUCGGGCAAUCGAACAUCAUUUCUUUCGGUCGGAGAGACAGUCUCUGCGGCGGUUACCGCGAUCUGGUGCGGUACUUUUCACCAUUAGGACGUAUUUCGAGCCCAUCACGGAGAUUGUUAAGGAGCCUUAUGUACCUGGGCGGUUGGCAUCUGCGAUUCGUAGUUGGGGUGAUGAUGUCUCGAGGUAUAAAGGGAAAGAGAAGUAUGAGGAGGUUUUGUUGGAAUAUUUGGAUAACAAGCAUGCUGAGCAGCUUGCUGCUGGAUUAGAUGUUGAGGGAGAGGAUGAAGUGCGAAGUUAUCCAUUAUAG